CUCUUCCGCAGUUCAAAAUUAUUCUUUUGCGCUCCCACUCUCUCUCUCUCUCCUCUUUUCUCCCCUCUUUCUCCACACACACACACUAUCUCUAUCAUUGUUCACACCCUCUUGGUCGCAAUUGCAAAACCAAGAUCUUGUAAUAAAGUACAAGAAGAAGAUAGAAACCUGAUUUUCCGGUUAAUCGGAAUAAAGAAUAUGGAGAUGGAGGGGUCUGAGAAGAUUGAUCUGGAAUUCGAAGCGCACGGUCUCAUAGACAAUAUUGAAUUUUCAGGAGUUAUGAGUGCUGAAAAAGAAGUUGAUACUAGUCUCAAUAAUGACCAUUUGCCUCAACUGCAUGAAUCAACUGAACCUCAACUGAACCAAAGAAAUGGAAGGUAUAAUUUGCGUAAAAGUCUAGCCUGGGACAGUGCCUUCUUCACAAGUGCAGGAGUACUAGAUCCAGAAGAAUUAUCAAGCAUGAUUACAGGAGCAGAUAAGGGUGAAAAGCGAUUGUUACCUGGAAUUCAAGAAGACGUUUCAGCGUCGACUGAGUCUAUCUCCACUUUCCAAAGUGAUAAUUUGACUAUUGAAACUCUUGAGGAUGACUUGUUUGUAGACAUUAGAGCUUCCAUCCAAAGAUCCAGUAAAAGGACAUCGAAUUUGACGAAAUCAAGCAGUACAGCGGCAGCAUUGGAGGUAGAUAAUGCAGCCAUUUCAUCUCUGAAGAAGGAAGACUUUGUUUCUCAAAAUAAGAAUCCAAAACCAGGUUCCAGGAAAACCACUGGCCUGCAGACUGUUAGGAUCUCCAAAUGUCAGCCAAAACAAAAUAGUGGGAAGAUAGGAUCAGGGAAAGCAAUCAAGCAGGAUUCUGGUCAUUCACAGAUAAUGUCUAUCGCUAAGACUGGUGAGACAAAUUUAUUUCCUAAACCACCCAAGACAAUCAAUAGCUUCAUCCCGACUUCAACAACAACAAAGCGGGAUUCGGUGGGAGCUGGUCGUCUUAAAUCUGAACCUGGAAGCUUAAAACCUGGAAUUGCUUCCGGUAAAGGGUCUCAGCCACCAAAAGUAUCUGUGGUAAGUGGUGCUAGAAGGGUGUUGCCAAAACCUGCAGUAACAUCAAAGUCUUCUUUGUUGGCUGCUUCAACUACAAGUAGGGUACAUCCUGCAAGGUCCUCUGCCUCAAGUGACGGCGCUAGUAGUAUGUCUUCUGGAACACCUGCUAAAUCUUCUGCAUUGACACCAAGAAGAAAUACAAGCAAAAGUGGCAGUGUUGGUACUGGUCCGUCUGGUCCCAUUCCUAAAACUCCAUCCAGAGCUCUGCUUAAGAAUAAACCAGCACCAUCUAAGCUAUCAGCUUAUCUGAUGUCUUCUAAAAUCUCCUCAAGUGUCUCACCAGCUAGUUCAAUCAGUGAGUGGUCUUCAGCAUCAUCAUCAUCAUCUUCAAUGGUCAACCAGAGAUCCAAUAACUCGAGAACAAGUCUAGAUACCAGCUCUUGUAGGUCUGUAGAUGGUGAUAUCAUUCUUCUGGAUUCAAGUAAUGAGCCAGCCGAUCAAACUGCUGAUAUACAUGGAAAUCAAGAAGUUACUUUAACAAGCAACAUUUCAAAAAAAUCCUCUACACAGACUGGCACCGGUCAGGCUCUCACGAAACCAUCAGGAUUACGAAUGCCAUCCCCCAAAAUUGGGUUCUUCGAUGGGGCUAAGUCAUCAGCUCGCACCCCUAAUGGGCAUCAGCAGUCUCAGGCUGGCUUACACGCUGUGUUUCCCAAGAAUGGAGCUGCUACCUGCACCCCAAUUCGAAGCUCAAACAGCAAACUGAAGAGUGCUAAGGUUCCAAUGACUAGAACUUCAACUUCUUUCGGAAGCACACAGGACAGUUCUCCGAAGGCCACAUCUCCUACAUCCUUUCAAGAAAAACCACAUGUUUUGGUAAAUACUUCUAGUAUGAAAAUGGAUGUAAAAGAUUCUUUCAGUGCGAUUGGUGAAAAUUUUCAGACGGCAGAGGAAGUUCAGGCUGAAGAUGGAGCUAAGCAAGUGGUAGGUGAAGGUAUGGGUGCCACUAUUAAGGAGAAUGUAGCUGACUUGAAUAUGCAUAAAAGUAGGGUCACUGGGGAUAUCAAGACUGCUUAUGUUGAAGAGAUUGUCGCUUCAGGUUCACAACAUACUGAAUGGAUAGAAGAUCUACUGAUUAACCAGAAUCAUCUUAAGAAAAAUUCUGAUCCAAUUUGCGAAGAUACUGACAAGGAAAAUUGUCAUGUUAAAUAUCCAGGGGAAGAAAUGACAGGAGACAACAAAGAUGCAUAUCACAUUGUCCAUGAGUUGAUAAAUCAAAUUCUAAGUAGUACAACAGAAUCUGCACUCCCUUUUCCUACAACUGCAUCUGAGUCUGCAGCCUGCAGAGCCCCUUUGGCUCUCAAGAAUGUUUUCUGCAGUAGUGAAGGCAUUGAUAUGCCAAAGGAGUUGGCUACACAGGUAGCUGUUGCAGAUAAGACAGGUUUUAUAGUGCCUUCCUCUGAGCAGAAAGAGAAUAGCUAAAACCCCUGUCCGUUGGGCUUGUUUCCAGGGUACACAACUCAUGCAGAUCAAUUAGGUUUGGUUAUGGGAAUCUCACAUGCAAUAUGUGAACUUUUUCUGGCCCGCAGCCCUCAAUCCCUCAAAGAGAAAAAGGGCAGACGAAAUAAGAUGGAAUCCCAUAUAGAGGAAUUGCAUCUAGAUGUUCUUAUAUUGUUGGUCUCUUUGCGUACUUAAGUUAUAGCUGUAGAUUCAGAGUUGAUACUGUCUUGUUAUUCCCGUGAGAAGCCACUUUAAGCAAGCUAUUAAUUCAACUUUUGUGGGCCUUUGAUGUAAGGUGACUACAAGUGGGGGAUGUCUCUUGGCUACUUUGUAGUGAUGCGUCAUUAUUUUAGUUCGUUGGUCAUGCUAGGAGCACUGCUUCGGAUAAUGUGUGAUUGUACGCCCACUCCCAGCAUUUUUACUUAACAAAGUCUAGUGUAAAGGUUACCCUUUUGGCUUCUCAUCGUUCUCCGUAUAUGCAAUAAAUGGAUUGAACCCUA